CACAACUCUGUGCGGAGCAUGGGAAAUGUAGUUCACUAGACAACAGCUCGGCUUCCAAACAUUUGAGCUAAACUACAAUCAAGCGGCUGUAAAGCUUUCUAUACUGUGGGACACACAUUACGCUUUAAAGAAAUUAAACAGUCAGCUACAGCGUGAGUUAUGAUAUUUUUGUCGUCUGAAUUUAUUUUCUUAUAAAUUAACCCGGAACUGGUUUUGGUAGUAUUUCCUCUUUUUCUUUUUAAGGAGAGUUAUUCUACACAGAAGCAUGUGUGUGUUUUCAUCUGUCAUUGAGGAAGCAAACAGCGUAGAAUAUUAUUAGAUAAGAGAUGUUGGUUCUAAAUAGAUUACGGCCAGCUGCCUCUUCUCAAGCUCAGAGUAUAUGCUUGGUGAAUACGAGGCAUUCGCUUUCAAAAUCGCUGAAAUCGACAACAACAACGUGCUCCGAUUUCGAACCAGCUUUCUUAAAUGAAAAUGACACUGACAGUCCGACAAGACACAGUCUCCCACUUCCACAUUUUUGGAAAUGUUUGGAAACACGGCAGCAAGCGACGGCAGCCAAGUUAUUUUCAACAACCCCGUCAUACUGUCAGUACGGGCUGGGUUUCAGGACUUUCUCCACCGUUUUAAAAACGCAGAACUGUUGGAAUUGCGGGGAAAGUCUGCAACAAACUCACACUUACUUCUGCACGACGUGCAAAGUUCUGCAGCCGCCCGAUGAGGACAGGAACUACUUUGACAUAAUGGACUGUGAGAACUCAUUUGCUGUGGACAUUCAGAAGCUUCAGCGAACAUACAGAAACCUGCAGCGUUCUCUUCACCCUGACAAUUUCAGCCAGAAACAAACGAAAGAGCAAGAGCUAUCUGAAAAACAGUCAGCGUUGGUGAAUGAGGCUUAUAGGACCCUGCUUGGACCCCUGAGUCGAGGGCUUUAUAUGCUAAAGCUUCAAGGACUGCAGCUAGAAGAAGGCACACACUUUGUUAUGGAGCCACAGUUUCUUUACGAAAUCAUGGAAAUCAAUGAGAGCCUGGCUGCAACACAAACAGAGGAGGAAGCCAGUGACAUUGGACAUUGUAUUCAAGACAGAUUGCAAGAGUUGAUCAGAGACGUCAGUGAGUCGUUCAGCAAAGGAGACCUUAAAAAGGCAAAGAUGCUUCUGGCUAAAAUGAAAUACUUUGUCAACAUUGAGGACAAGGUGAAGGAAAAGCUCUCUUCAUCCUGAGGGUCGAUACAGCCUGGCUCAGCACUUACAAGAUCUUUUUUUAAUAUGGAUAAUACUAUUUAAAUUAAAAUUCUUUAUAAUACUGGAAUACUUAUACGAUUUAAACUUAGAAAUAAUACAAUUAAAGUGGCUUCAGUUCACUAAAUAUCUCUGUAGCUAUUGCCUGUCGUGCAAUUCUAUUGACUAUAUAGGUCUCAAAUGUGCAGUUUUGAUAGAAAGAUGAUAUAGCAAAUACGUAUUUUCAUUUUAAAACAUGGCAUCUGAUAGGCAAAAGAAAGUUCUCAGUUUGCUUGCCUUCCCUUCCAGGAAGUGUCUUACAGUUGCACUUCCUGGGUCGGUUCACCCCAGCAUUGUCUUUGGUUAUUAACAGGAAAAGUCGACCCAGAAGAGGUGGGCUCAAUUUCACUCUGCAGAUGAAAUGACCGUGGAAGUGCAAGACAGCGAGGCCUGCAAUGAGAGAUUUCUUUAACCUAGUGUGUUUGCAGAUAUACUUUUAAAAUACAAAUACCUUAUUGAUUGCUAAGAUACAUAGAUUGCUUUCAAAACUACACAUUUGAGGUCUACUAAAUAGUGAACGGAUGUUAGCUUCAAUCACUGUAAUGCUAGAAGUACACAGCUUUACUGCAAAUACUCUGUAACACAAUGUGUGAAGAAGUUUUUCUCCAGUUUGCGACCAGUUUGACGUUUUUUUAAUGUAUUAAUUUAUUUUUUAAAGAACUAUUUUUGUGGUCCAGAUUUGGUACAAAUCAAGUAUUUCAAUACCUGGAUGUGUCAUAUGAAAAAUGGUUUUAUUAAAUUACAUUCUAUUUAAGACCAGAA